ACUAACUUUAUUGUGUUACACAUUUCACAAUAUAUACAUGUAUCAAAUCAUCACAUUUACAGUUUAAACUUAAACAAUGUUAUAUGUCACUUAUAUCUCAAUAAAGCUGGGAAAUAAAUAUAAAAUUGCUCUCUUGCCCUUUACGCUUGAUCCGAUCCAGUUAUCAAUUUAUUCCUAAAUUUCUCUAUUUCCAUAGUAUCAAAUCAACUCAGUAUCAUUCCUGCUGCCACCAUUUCAGUUUAAACCCUCUACCUCUUGCCUGGACUAUUACAGUAGCCUUCUAGUUGGUCUGACUCUCUCCUCCUUCCCUCUGUCACUUUUUCCCCAAACAAACUUAGGAUAACUUCCUACCCAUCCUUCAAGGUCCACUCUGACUCCCAGUAAUAUGGUCUCCCUUCCAUUAGGCACUUCCAGCACUCUGUCUUACUCUUCUUUGAGUUUUGAUAUUAAGUAGCUUGAGUGAUGAGACUCUGUUCUUCCAUCUUCUGUUUCCAACGAUGAGCAGUCAGUGCCUUGCAUAUAGUACUGUUCAAUAAGCCUUUAUUAUGAUGGAUUGAUAGCAAGGCUAAAAUGGACUCUCUGCUCCACUUAGAACAAACAUUCCCCAACUGAAUUCCACUAAGACCCUUCAGGCUAGGAAAUAGCAGACCAGCUGUGCAGUGUGCCAUGUCAGGCCCUCACUUUCCAAUGCCCUGGUACUACAGAGGAAGAGCAAGAAUAACAUUCCUUUUUAACCUGUAAGGGAUAUAGACCUUUCUUGAACAGUUCUGAGAAUCAAAGCAGAAAAUGUGGCAAUGACAUUAGUGAAGCCUUAGAAGUGUGAGAAGCACCUGAGAGCUUGUGAUGAGCAGGUUGUCUGUGAUAGACAAACAGACCCAUAAACAGGCAUAGCUACUAAUUAGAAGGAGCAAAGGAGUGUCUGAGACCUUGACCACAUGGAUGAGGUGGUAGAGUCUCCUGAAUGCCUAAUUCAGGAGACUCUAAAAAUAGGAGUUCAUUCACUCUGACUCAAAAAGUAGGCUUUUGAUAUGGAUUCUUGUUCACAGCACUUGUCAGAGGAGCAUUCCUUCAGUCAGAAGUCUGAAAUGUGUAGCUGUAGUCUUGCUUUAUGCCUUGGGUCAUCUUGGGGAGAGACUUGGGGUCUCGAGUCUCCUACUAUCUCAAAGUAGCAGAGGCCUGGGACCCCUAGACCUAAUUGGCUUUGGGACAGUAAGGGAGACAGAGAUACCAUCUCACAUUUGUAGAGUGCUUUCUAGUCUACACGCACUGUUUAGCCCCUUUUCUGAUGUUAUCCUCAUGAUAGCCCUGUGAAGUGUGCUGAGCAGAUCGCCCUCAUUUUAUAGACAGGAAAACCAAAGUCACAGGGCCAGUCAGAAAUAGAACCAAGGUCUUCUGACUCCUUAACAAGUGCUCUGUCCACCCCGCCAUGCUACUGAGUUCCAGAAAAGGGAGAAGCUAUUUAAUAGCGCUUGCCACUUAGGUGAAUGGUUGAAACGAAUUACCCUAAUAUGAUUAGCCAUUGGCUGAGUCUGGGCCCCUCUGCUUUCUGUCCACAGAGCCAUGGGGGUGUUGAUGUCCAAGCGGCAGACAGUGGAGCAGGUGCAGAAAGUGAGCCUGGCUGUUUCUGCCUUCAAGGAUGGGCUGCGGGACAGGCCUUCCAUCCGACGCACAGGUGAACUUUCAGGGUCUCACCGUGGCACGGUAGAGGGCUCUGUCCAGGAGGUGCAAGAAGAGAAAGAAGCAGAAGCAAGCACCCCAGCACUCCAAGAAGAGAGCAGUGUCAACCGUGCCGCCUGGGAGAGGCUCCGGGAUGGGCGUGGAGUGGAGCCGGAGGAGUUUGACAGGACCAGUCGUUUCACACCCCCUGCCUUCAUCCGCCCCACCCGGAAGCUGGAUGAUGACAAGCCUCCAGAUAUCCGCUUGGAGCCCAGAGAGCCUAACAACCUCAACUUGCUGCUGACUGAGGAAGAAAUGUACAGCCUCACAGAGACCUUUCAGCGGUGUAAAGUUAUCCCCGACUGCUCCCUGACGCUGGAUGAUUUCCUGCGCUACCGCCACCAAACAGCGAAGCGAGGGGACAGUGACAGGGCUCUAAGUGAGGAGCAAGAGGAGCAGGCAGUCCGCCAGUUUGCAGCCCUGGACCCUGAACACCGAGGACACAUAGAGUGGCCUGAUUUCUUGUCCCAUGAGUCCCUCCUACUUCUACAGCAAUUACGUCCCCAGAACUCACUGUUAAGGCUUCUGACAGUCAAGGAGCGGGAGCGAGCCCGGGCCUCUUUCCUGGCCCGCGGUAGCGGGAGCACUAUCAGUGAGGCAGAGUGCCGCCGUGCCCAGCACUCUUGGUUCUGCAAACGCCCCCCAGAUGCUUCUUCCUGCAGUGUCAGCGUCAGCCAUGUGGGUCCCAUAGCAGACAGCAGCCCAGCCAGCAGCAGCAGCAAGAGUCAGGACAAGGCCUCGCUGCCCACAGAGCCUGAGUCCAGAUUUGUGGACUGGCCUACCUUCCUGCAGGAGAAUGUCGUCUACAUCUUGGCUGCUCGCCCCAACAGUGCAGCCAUUCACCUGAAACCCCCAGGAUAGCAUGGAGCAGAAAAGCUCAGUUUGGGGACAGUGGCGUUCUCUCCCUCCUUUACUUUCUCCCUUCCCCCACCAACCUCUGGUACUGAGACUUAUGGGGAUGGAGCACUGGCCACAUCUCAGUUUGUCACUAAGCUUUAUGGCACUGAAAUCACCAUUCCCAUCACAACAGAGACAGUAAAUGCAUUGCCACAGGGAGAAGCCCUGGGAGCUGUGUCAGUAUCUGCUCCUGGACCACCCCCUGCCCUCACACCGUAGACUGGACCUGCCACUGCACACGUAUAUGUGUGCACACACAUGCACACAUACACACAUGCCUAGCUGGCCAUGCCUGCAGAGACCUGGUUCUUUUUGGUUGAAGAAGGACCAAAGUUCUUUUGUGAAGCCCUUGGUAUAAACGAGGGGGUCUCUGCUCAGCUCUUCUAUUGGCCAGUUCUGAUUCACGAUAGAUCAGUCUCUGGCCAAGUGAUUCUUAAUAAGGGCCAUAUCAGACUCACAUACUCUCCUAGAGAUGCUGACAGGCUCCCUCUUCCCACACUGAAAGUCCCCUCUGUGGUGAGCCACUGUUCCGGUAGGUGUGUGCUAUGUCCCUCAGGUGGGGUGGGGAAAUGGUUGAAAACCACCACUGCACUUAUUAUUUAUUUAUUAUUUAUUUAAAUUCAAUUCCUGGUGACAGAGAAGGCAACUAGUCUGUGGAGUCCUAAUUAGAAAAGGGAAGGCAGCCCCUCCCAGGGACCCAGAAUUCUAGGAACCUCUCAGCCAGGUCAUUCAAGUCCAAAAGUCUUUAUUUAACAGAACAGUCCAAAACCAAGGUGAGCCAUCCUGGCCCCUGUUUUUUAGGUGGGUGCUCAUGGCCCAGAGCCCAGGGUCCUGAAUGGAACAGGUAUGAUGGCAAGAGUCACAGCCCUCUGGGUUAAGUGCUUCACCCAAGUCAGCUACCACAGAGACCCAAACCUGAGCUCCAAUGAGGACAAGGCCUGGAUGGAAGAGGAGAGAAGAAGGCUCAUGCUUUUCCAUUCUUCCAGCUCAGCUCAACCGCAGACCUAGAAAAGUGUGCCAUGGUAUGGAGUACAGAGCCAGCCUUUUUCAUAGCCCAAGAAAGAGCAACUCCACAGAAGCCCUCAAAAGGGAUUCCUUUCAAACCACCUGACAAUGAGGGUAAGACACUGGAGCUAAGAAGAGGAUUUGCAUCUCAACUCUCUUGAACAGAGAAAGUCCCAUCAAAGCCUCACAGAAGGAAGAGGUGUUACCUUCUCCCUGUUACUGAGAUAUGGCCUGAGUUGCUGCUUUUCCCCAUUGCUCAUUACAUGUCCUUCCCCACCAGCUUAGGGCCUGGACCUGGCAUGGGAAGACUUUGGGGGCAAGGAGAGGCUGCCACAAGGCCACCAAGCCUGGCCUCCCAGCCCCAGCUGUCCUUCCUAAGUUCUCAUUAAAUUCCCCAGUCAGUGUAUGUUACAGGUAAGCACAUGCCCUGGAGUUCAAGUUUCUGUUUCCAAGCUAAUGGCUUAGGUUAGUCAGUUCUGACGACCAAGAGUUAUUUGAGAGGGGGUUGGCUCAGUCAUGCAGAAGUUAACCCCAUUGCUCAAGGCACUUCUACAGAAGAAGCAGCAUACAUCUCAGUGCUGCUCAGAGGAAAGCAGGGAGCUGUAACCUGGGGCAUGGUAAGAGCACUAUAUGGUCUCCUCCCUUAGAGCCUGACCUAGAAGCCAGGUAAGAGGCUUCUGAGGUUGGAUUAUUUAGGACUGAAAGCAAGCAUACAGAAGAUGAACUGGGUUCAUGUGUAUGGCUCUGAACAUUUCAAAAAGCCCAGUUCUUUGUAAAUACUCCAUAGCCAUACUCCCAAGACUAAUCAGUAGGAGGGGCCAUUAUUCAGUCCAGCCAAAAAAAGAAAAAAAAACAAAGAAAGAAAGAGAAAGCACAUGACUUUUGGGCCCAAGGACUGCAUCCGAAGCAGCCAGCCCUGGGGUUUUGCACUGAGAUUAAAGCACAUUAAGCACAAGGGCUUUUGCUUACUCUUGGGCUAAUCACCUUCUAUGUCAAUGGCCUCGGGCUGCUUGAUCUCAUGGACGGGGCAUUUUGAGUAAAAAAAGCUCUGGGCUUUGAGAGCUCGGUAGCUUUUUCUCCUGCCUCGUCAUCAAUCAAAAGGAUUGGCAGUCCAUCUUCUUGUUCCCUGAUCCUUCACAGACCAAGGCGAUGCCUACCUCUCUGCAGCUGCAGCUUCUAGCUUUCUGUGGGUGAGUGGUAAAGACUGGGGGCCACUGGAUCAGGCCAGCUGUAUCCGAGGGCCUGGCAAAGCAGACCCCAGAGUUCUUCCAAAACAGGAUCUGGCCCAUUUGGGAUCACCCUCUCCCUAUUCCAGGGCGGCAAGCUUCCUUAGUGGGGGUGUGCUGCAAAGGGUCCAGGGGACAUUGCCCUCAGCAAAGGAUAGAGUGCCCAGUCACAAGAAUCCUAGGAAGCAGAAAAGCACAGAGAAGUAACCAGCCUCUUCUCCAUAGGCAUCUAGCUUCUUACCAAAGGAGAGGUUCCAUUGCUCCCUCAGUCAAGAGUUGCAGAAGCUCUACCCCAAGCCCCCUUCUGAGAUCUCCCUUUGCAGUGUCCUAAUCCACGGAGCCCCUCUCCGGUACAUAUGGAGAUGUUCAAACUUGUAUAAACCUAGUGAAGCCAAUUUCCUUUCCUUAUCAAGCCCUUUCAUCAUUGUGACUGUCUGAAAUCCUGCCAAGUACAGAAAUUAGCGACUGACUCUAAUAAGAGUAUGAGAAAAUGUUUCAGUCUUUUCUUCUUGGCUGCCCAAAAUUGCAGAGAUCAGUUCUUUUCCCAAGCACCACCCGCCCCACCCCCCAGCCAAGGGAGGCUGAGGUUACACAGAUACUCCUCUGAAGACUACUUGCCCUAAGUCUGUUUUUCACCCAGAAGUCCUCUUUUCCAUGCUUAGAUUUAAAGACAAGGGGGGCUUCCCCGGGCUUCCCUGGUGGCGCAGUGGUUGGGAAUCUCCCUGCCAAUGCAGGGGACACGGGUUCGAGCCCUGGUCUGGGAAGAUCCCACUUGCCGCAGAGCAGCUAAGCCCGUGGGCCACAACUACUGAGCCUGUGCGUCUGGAGCCUGUGCUCCGCAACAAGAGAGGCCACGAUGGUGAGAGGCCCGCGCACUGCGAUGAAGAGUGGCCCCCGCUCUCCGCAACUGGAGAAAGCCCUCGCACAGCAACAAAGACCCAACACAGCCAAAAAUAAAUAAAUAAAUUUAUAAAAAAAUAAAAAUAAAAAAAUUAAAAAAAAAUAAAGACAGAGGCAUUUGAUGACACGAUGGAGCUUCAGGGACACAGGGUCAGCUGAGGCAAUAGCUGUGGCCAUGUAGCCGCUCUAGGUCUGCUCCGUGGCUUCCUCUCCUGAGAUCAGCCUUCCCCAAUAGAUUCAGGCUCUGCGCUUUUGAGCAAUGGGCCCCUUUGAUCCCAGGGAUGGAGGAGUUUCCUUACUCCUAGGUACUGACCCCUUUCAAGAGCUCUUCCUUUGAGAACAGCCACUGCUGAAGCUAUGAGCACGUUGCCUCUUUCUGUCCUCAGCCUAAGCAACUGUGGCUGCAGGCCAGACACUGGCCUUUCUGGCCCUGGUGCUCCCUAUGGGAUGUCACCCUGGCCUUAUUAGAGUGGCCAAAUAUAGGGGUCCCCCAUUCCUAUCAACAGUAUGGGAAGCACAGAAUCAAACCACCUGGGAAGAGGGCACCUCUCUGGGGGGUGGGCUCAGGAUUGUGCCUAGGCCUCUAAGCCUCAACCUCAACCACUGCAUGUCUCAUGGCUUCAGUAAAGCUGGUGCAAGAAACCCUAAAGGCAAGAGGGAAGCUCAGAAGAAGCUGUAUGGCAGGGUCACAGGCCAGCCAUGACCACCACAGAGCCAAGAGUAACUUUCAGACAGGACUGGUGGCAGGCUCUAGUGAUCCUGCAGGCAUGUCCCCUUUAAACCAGCAGAGUAAAGGCAGAUACAUACUUGGAGUUUAAAAGGCAAAACAACAUUGAUGCCAGAAUUUCAGGACAUCCAGGCAGCACCUGUAACCGUAACCCCUUUAUACCCCUCUAUUUACAGUGGAAUAAAAUUGCUGCUUUCUCCAUGCCACUUAGUUUGAAUUGCCCAGAAUCUGUCUCUGGGCCCUUAGCUACAGCCCAUACAACAGAGUUCUCCUUGAUUGGGGGAUAUUAAUGCAUCCUGCCUGCUCCCGACAGCCCACGCUGAAGUGGGGUGGGACUGGGCAUUUUCUCUGCUGUUGCUUUUCUGCUGCCACUGCUUUUAGC